AUGGCCGUGACAUCUGUCUGGGGCCGUGGCUUACUGCAUUUGAAGCCAGCCACUCAAUUGAAAGCCGGGCAGCCUCUGACUGCAGAUUCUCCACUGCCAGACUUGGAUUCCAGGCCAAUGCUCACCAUUGCAGCCGAUGAGGAGAGCUUGCAGUUCAAAAUGUGCUACGCACUCUCACAUGAGCAAGGAGGGUUACGAUGCUGGAUCUGCCCGGAAUCAACCCAUAGUUCAUGGAAUUGUGUCAAGAACGCUGUAAGACGGAGUAGCUUACAACAUGUUCUACUACUGUCCUCCUGCAUGUCCAACUGCAUGCACGGGCCGUACAAGUCAGCCCGCAACUUGCAAACUCUACAAGAGGCUGCUCAAUUUCUGGGGAACAACAUUUCCCAAGAUGCUUUCGAGGAGCUUCAGGACGCAAUGUCAAUGGAUAUGGGGGUCGAGGUAGAUUCUGACGAGAUACCUCAGGAUCCAAGUCAAAUCCCAUUUCUUCCUUGUGUGUCCAAGCUCUCCACUUUUGUCAAAACGAAGAGUUGGUUUGCAAGCAUCGGCGUGCUGCGUCAUUUGUGCAAGUACUGGAGCUUGAUGUCUCUCAUCAUGGAUACAGCUCUGGAGCUUGAACAGGUGGCAGAUGGCCCAUGGCGCCACCCGGACACUGCUGAUGCUGCCCAGCAAUCCGACCAAGACCAAGACGUUGACAUCGAGGCCGAGGCUCCAGAAGAUGCUGGUCAGGAUGGUGGAGAAGAGCCUGGGCCCAACGUUCGGCCAACUUCCAAGAAUGAACUUCAAAAGUUGCGGGAGGGCUUUCAAAACACAAUGGGACUUGUGGCACACCUUUACCGGGACGUGAGUUUGAAGGAUGAAUUCCAAAUUGUCUACAUUGCAACCAGUGCUUACCUGGAUGAAUACUCCAACACCCUUGCAGCUCAGAAAGAGUCGCAGGCACGCUGCAUGAGCUGGCAAGCAAACCGAUGCGCAGGGGAAUGGUUUUCCUACAUCUUGAAAAGCGUGGGGACCAUGCAUGAUGUUUCGCAGCUUGGGAACUUUAUCACUGUGGACAUGACGGGGGAAGCACCGGCUGUAGAAGAAUUGAGAGAGCAAUGGUUGAUUGAUGAGAAACAGAAACUCAAAACACUUUUCACACUUGUAGUGGAGUGUGCUUCCUCCCGUGCUUGGUCUCAGAUGAUGUUUACGAACCUUCUGCCCAACAGCUUUGCGGCCGUUAAACAUGAGCAUGCUCCAACUGCCGAGAGACUCCUUCAAAACAUUCACCGUGUCUGGGAGUCUGUACUCCUUGCAGAAUGCAUUGUUUCUGGCAAGAGGGAGGCCACCAUGGAGGUGAAAAAAGGAUUCAAAGACCGGUUGAAUGACAUUUGCUGGAAUCAGCUGCAACUGUCCAGAGAAAUUUAUCUGGAAUGUGCUAGGGCCAACUGGAAUGUGCAUGAUGGAAAGGUUCAGCUUCUCGCUGAACGGCUCUAUGGGUGUCCUUACAACACGAAGUAUGACCUAGAGGAUGCGUUUGCACACCUUACUUCCGUUGGGAAAAUGACAUCCCUUGCAACAGGAAUGAACAAGUGGACCCGCUACUUCUACUUGACAACUUUGCCAUCCUUGAAAGAGACUGGGUGGCCCCAAGUUACAACCACACUGAGCGACCAUGUCGCCCCUGAUGCUCAUGUCUCAGGAGUGCUGAAAGAUUCCGGAAAAUAUUUCAAACCUAGCCUUCAUCCUUUGCCAAAGGAACUGAAGCAACGCCUUGUAGAAAUGAAAUUGGAACAUUGCAAGAAAGCUGGGACCAUAUCCAAUCAAAGAGCAACAGCUGCGACUGCAUGGGUCCUGAUGCAUGCAAGCUCCAACUUCAGCACCGUUUCCAUGGCUUGGACCGGAGUCUUUUUGAUGAAGCAUCACUUCUACCUGAACCCUCGCUCUGGGCGUGUCUUGCUGGGCUUGGGUUUUCGGACAUGUGCAGCGUUGGGGCUUCCGCUUCUUCGACAUGAACUUGCUGGACAGGUUUACUUUACAUUUGAUCUGAACACCAAGUCUAUGACACCAGUGUGGAUGGUCAGUGCAACUUUGGAGACUUCAGUUGAAAAUGCUCGAGGGUGGCUCCACCUCCCCACAGACAUUCUUCAUCCUUGGGAAGUACCCGACAAACUUCGGUUGAAUUACCCCUGUGUCUUCAUGCAAAAAGGCCCCCCUGAACCGCUGGUUACUGCAGGUGUGCGGGCUGGAGUGUACCUCACAGUUCCCCAGCUGAAGUCCCUGCAAUGCCAGCUGAAGUUUUCAUUGCCCACUGCAGGGAGUGGAAAGAACAAUCGACUCGUCAAACAAGACUACGCGUUGGGGCUGAUUGGCUUUUUGUUUCCAAAUGCAACACAAAAAGAGAAAGACACCAUGUUGAUGGGCAUACUUGGCAAAACUGCACUGCACCUUGACCCAAAGAAGGGGAACAAACAUGUGCCAGACAUACUCAAGGCAUUCCGCUCCCUAGAACCGACAGACCAGAAGGAGUACACAGAACUCUACGCGAUGGCUAAUGAUGAGCUCAUGCUACAAGAGAAGCGGGAUGGUAAAGCACGUGUACAAACCUUGCCCAAACAGCCCAGGAAACACCUUACACCAGUUGUCCACCAGCAGUUGGGUGCAGGCUCACCAGACACCCCGUGCUCCGGAGAUACCAAGGUUUUUAUCCAACAUAUGAUGACCGUGGUUUCUUGGUUGGUCAUGCCUUGUUUGUUUAGUUUACAUGUUCCCACAUGA